AUGGAGAAGGAACAUUAUAAUGUCGAUGAGUCGCCUGACUAUAAUGGAAAUCAUGCUCAUACACAUGCUCAUGCUAAUGCUAAUGCUAAUGCUAAUACUCAUGCCAAAUACGUCGAUCCUGUCACCGGCCACGCAACAAAAGCCGGUCGCGUACAGGAAGCUGGUGAACUAUAUGGAAAUAUCGAAACGGCCGAAGAAUACGGUUAUGUAACUCGAGGACUGAAAUCCAGACAUAUCCAAUUUAUCGCGCUCGGUGGUACCAUUGGUACGGGUCUCUUCUUGGGUAUUGGAAGUGCUCUUACGCAGGCCGGCCCUCUCUCGAUCCUGCUGGGUUAUAGCUUUACUGGUAUUGCUAUCUUUGCUAUGAUGCAGUGUUUGGGUGAGAUGGCUACUUGGUUACCAUUACCUGGAGCCAUCCCCCAAUUCUGCGCUCGUUAUGUCGACGAUGCGCUUGGUUUUGCUGUCGGAUGGAAUAACUGGUACGCCUCAGCAAUCACCCUUUGUGCCGAAAUAUCAGCCGCGGCUGUCGUUAUUCAAUACUGGCCCGGAGCAAUCCACAUCAAUGUCGCAGCCUGGAUCUCCUUAAUCAUCGUCCUCGUCGUCUGUCUCAACAUUUUCGCGGUCCAAAUAUACGGAGAAGCGGAAUUCCUAUUCGCCAGUAUCAAAAUCAUUACAAUUGUGGGUCUUUUGAUCAUGGCGUUCAUAGUGGAUCUCGGAGGAAACCCCAAGCACGAUCGUUUGGGAUUCCGUUACUGGAAGCACGGUCAAGCGAUGAAGGAAUACGAUUCGACGGGAGCUACAGGUCGAUUCCUGGGUCUCUUCUCGGUUCUUGUCAAUGCUGCCUUUUCGUAUGGUGGUGUGGAAUUGGUUGCGGUGGCUGCUGGCGAAGCCGAGAAUCCACGCAAGAAUAUUCCAAAGGCGGUUCGCAGAGUCUUUUGGCGUAUCUUAUUCUUCUAUGUUCUUGGAUCGUUGGCCAUCGGUGUCCUCGUUUCUUCUAGCGAUCCAUUUUUGCUCAAAGCUCAAGAUGAAGGUGCUGCAGGUGCAGCUCGAUCUCCUUGGGUUAUUGGAAUCCAGAAUGCCGGUAUUCCAGUGUUGCCAUCCAUCAUCAAUGCCGUCAUUUUGACUUCCGCAUCUUCUUCCGCUAAUGCAUUCUUGUAUACCGGAUCUCGAUACUUGUUUGCUCUUGCUCAGAAUAAACAAGCCCCAAGAUUUCUUCUCAGAUGCAGCAAGGCAGGUGUCCCAUACUGGGCUGUCCUCAUCACAGCAUCAAUCUCUGGCCUCACAUAUUUAUCGGUUAGUUCUGGCGGUGCAUCAACCGCUUUCGGAUGGUUUCAAAACUUGACCACAAUCGCAUCUCUUUUCACAUGGUGUUCCAUUUGCGUUGCCUACAUUCAAUUCCAUAAAUCUUUGGCAGCUCAAGGUGUCGAUAGAAAUACUCUCGUCUUCAAGAGUAAAUUUCAGCCAUAUACGGCUUACCUCGCAUUAGGCUUCUUCGCCGUCAUCAUCCUCUUCAAUGGAUUUGAUGUCUUUGUUGGCCAGAACCACUCUCACUGGAGUGUCACCAAUUUCCUCACCGCAUACCUCGGAGUACCAAUCUUCUUCCUGCUCUUUGGCUUCUGGAAAAUCUUCAAGCGUACAAAGUGGAUCCCCCCAGCUGAUGCCGAUAUCUACACUGGUAAGGCCGCACUUGAUGCUGAAGAUGGACAAUGGCCAGAUUUGAAACCAAGAAAUAUUUUUGAGAAGAUAUGGUUCUGGAUUGCGUAG